AUGGAACAAAUAGAAGACGAGAUUUUAUUCGAAAUAAAUAAACCGAAACGAAUGUGGGAGCGUCAAUGGAUUAGUCGCAGAUCCAUGCUUGGAGGAAGUUCUUUGUUGCUAAAAGAACUGGCUAUUGAAGAUCUUAAAGAAUAUCGCGAUUCGAUGAGAAUGACAGAAGAAUCCUUCAAUUGGUUACUAAACAAAGUAAGGCCUGCUAAAGAAAAAAAUUAUACUCAAAUGAGGAGUGCAAUAACGGCCAAAUUAAAACUUCAAGCAAUUAUUUAUAUGCUUGCAACAGGAAAUAAUUUGAGGAGCAUAUCUCAUUUUUUCAGAAUAUCUAAAUCUAGCCUUUCGUUAAUGAUUCCUGUAAUUUGUGAUGCCAUCUACAAUGCUUUGGAGGAAUUUAUACAGGUGAGCAAAUAA